CUUAAAAUAUGAUAUUGCUACUUUGUCGAAAAAGUCUAAGCCCGGUCCCUCAAUGCUAAUAAAAUAGAAGCAUUCAUUGAUAUUGUGUUCGGUGCGAACCAACAGUUGAAGCAUAUACUGGAUAUCUUGUAAUCGGACAUUUUUAAAAGUCCAGCAGAUAAGAAUUGGGGCUUUGGAAAAUGAAGGGCUACGGACAGAGAUAAAAAGAGAUCUGGGGUUUCUCUGAAGACCGGGCUGGGUGGCCAAGUUGCCAUCGCCAUGGAAACCGGGAGGGGCGGGGCGGGCAGUAGGAUUGUGACGUCCCCGGGGCGGGGAAGGGGUGGUGACCGGUGACUUGGUUUUCUGUACCCCCAGACCGUGGCCUGAGACAUUCACAGGUUGCUGCUACGUGAACUCGCCUGAGUUCGGCGCUCCGAACUUUCUCGGAGAGAGAUCACCGCCCGCCACCGUGAUGACCUCUCCGUGUCCCCUCCCGGCUCCGGCUGCACGCCAGCCCACCGUCCAUGGCCUCUCCCAAAUAACCAGCAGCCUGUACAUCAGCAACGGCGUGUCGGCCAACAACCAGGGCAUGCUGUCCAGCAACCACAUCACCACGGUCAUCAACGUCUCGGCGGAAGUGGUCAACACCUUCUACCAGGACAUCCAGUACGUCCAGGUGCCGGUGGCUGACGUCCCGAGCUCGCGCCUCUGCGACUUCUUUGACCCGAUCGCUGACCACAUCCACAGCGUCGAGAUGCAGCAGGGCCGCACGCUGCUGCACUGUGCCGCGGGGGUGAGCCGCUCGGCCGCCCUCUGCCUGGCCUACCUCAUGAAGUACCACGCCAUGUCGCUGCUGGACGCCCACGCGUGGACCAAGUGGUGCCGCCCCAUCAUCCGGCCCAACAACGGCUUCUGGGAACAGCUCAUCCACUACGAGUUCAAGCUGUUCAGCAAGAACACCGUCCACAUGGUCAACUCCCCCGUGGGUGUGAUCCCUGACAUCUACGAGAAGGAGGUCCAUGUGAUGAUGCAGAUGUGAGCCGUCCUGGCCAGCCCCGGACACCUGCUGAGGAGGCAACGCCAACAUUGAACCUGAACGUCGAACUUUGAGUUGGGACAGAGAACAAGCGGAUACCGUUUAGAAGGGCAAGGAAAAAGGGAUGGUGUUGGACUUUUUAUCUUUAAAGAAUAAAAUUCAUUGCAUGCAACACGGUGACGA